CACAUCCACAGCCCAGUCUUACUCAAGAACCAUCCUCGAAACGAAGGCGUGUCGCACUGGCAUGUCAACAUUGCCGAGAGCGCAAGGUACGGUGUGACGGAGCGAGGCCAGUUUGUGGUGCGUGCCAGAGACGCGGAGCUACAGAUCAGCCUUGCGAGUAUUUAGUAUAUCCAUUCGUUACGUGCCCAUGUUGCAGAUCUGCAAGAAGGAGCCCCUCACGAACCACUCGAAUCGCCGCCCCGCCCCCAGACUGGGAGCAUCCUUCCAAGCCAAGGGUUUGGAGUACAACGCUCAUCCCCAGUUGGUAACACACUUCCCAUAUCUCUCGGUGCUAUGGGCGCAGCUUUACCAAGUACGCCCGAAGAAGCGGGUUACGAUCAGUACUAUGGGCGGUCAUCUUUAGUGUCCUUGGUUAACCAAUACGCUCAAAAGUCACCUGGCCGCCAAUCAGUCGAAUCUCAGGCUGGACCUGCUAUACCAAGUCUUCUAGCCUCAUCAACCAAUUCGGCUGGCGCCAACACUUCUUCGACAAAUAUGGCGGUAUUGCUAUCGGACGACUUUUCGCUUCCACCCAGGAGAUUGGCAGACUGGCUUUUAGAAGUAUAUUUCGCCAAUAAUCAUAUAUUCUACCCCUGGGUGCACAAGGACACGUUUAUGGCUUCAUACGAGAAUAUAUGGACGAAUCAAUCCGAUGAUGCAGACGCAGUUCUUCCGGAUGUGGGUCUCGGCAGUCACAACUGUCCAUCUCGAUUAUUCCAUUGCGCUUUGAACGCUAUGUUUGCUAUCGCUUGUGAAUUUUCCAACAUGGAUCCUUGCCAAAAACGAAACUCUUCCAUGAUGUUUUACGAACGAAUGAAAAGCUCGAUGAACAUUGAUAUUCUCGACAGUGGAAGCUUGGCCCAUGUCCAGGCGCUAUUGCUGAUCGCAAUAUAUUUGCAAUGCACGCCAUACCCGAAGAGAUGCUGGAAUGUAAUAGGAAUGGCACAUCGAAUGGCUGUCGGGCUCGGUCUACAGAACCGUAGCCAAUUCAACAAUUUGACUGUUUUGGAAAAGGAAAUCCGCUGGCGAGCAUGGUGCGCAUGUGUCCAAAUGGAUAUAAUUUCCAGCAUGACAAUGGGUCGUCCACCCAUGACACCGAACUCUUCGCACACACCACUACCCUCACCGGUCGACGACAAAUAUCUUGCCGCUGAGGCUCAGCAGCCCGAAGGGACUAUAUCGAGUAAUCAGUUUCUACACCAGAAUAUGAGACUGAUAGGAAUUCUUUGGAAGAUCUUGUUAAAGGUCUACCGCAGUGAGGACGAAGGUCCAGCAGAAGAGUCGUCAUCGGCCCCCGAAGGCUUCAAGGCCAUCAUGGACCUGGACAGAUUACUGGAAGAGUUCACAGCUUCACUUCCCCCAUCUUCGCGUGGGGCUCGUCAAGUCCUCAAAACGCCGACCACACCUUCCGUCGCCAAUCAAAUGUUCUACACGCUAGGUAAGCUUGCAGAGUAUUCAGAAUCAUCAUCUCACUGA